CUUGUUUCUGCUUUUGUCAGGAUCAGCAAAUAAUAGUUUAGCUGAUGUGAAUAAAAUACUGAAUUCCAUAUUUCAAUAAUUUUGUGAUAUAAUGAAACUGAAAAGGUUUCUUUUACGUUACUAUCCACCUGGAAUCAUAUUGGAAUAUGAGAAAGGCGGAGUUACAAAAACAAAAUCGGUUGAUUUGUUGGAUUUAAAACCGGACUCAAAUAUUGACAAAAUCUUAAGUGAUGUCUUCGAAUCAGAACCAUUGAUAUCAAAGUCAAGACUAUCACAAGUACAUAAACUACUGCAAAAACUGCAGUCUAAAUUAUCUCAGAUCGGAGAUCACCAUUUCUAUUUAUUCAAAGUAUUGAGAGCACAUAUACUUCCAUUGACCAAUGUUGCCUUCAAUAAAUCAGGCUCCUGUUUUAUAACCGGAAGCUAUGACCGCACUUGUAAAGUGUGGGAUACAUCGAGUGGCGAAGAGUUGCAAACUUUGGAGGGACACAGAAAUGUAGUAUAUGCAAUUGCCUUCAAUAAUCCAUACGGUGAUAAAAUCGCCACUGGAAGUUUUGACAAAACUUGUAAAUUAUGGAAUGCAGAAACCGGUCAGUGUUUUACUUAUCGCGGACAUAUGUCAGAAAUUGUAUGUCUUUCUUUCAAUCCACAAAGUACAGUUGUUGCAACUGGGUCUAUGGACACUACAGCUAAAUUGUGGGAUAUACAAACUGGUGCUGAGCUUUCUACAUUGACGGGUCAUUCUGCCGAGAUAAUUUCUUUGUCAUUCAACACUGGAGGCGACCACCUUUUAACUGGCAGUUUUGACCACACAGUGUCUCUCUGGGAUGUUAAUACCGGCGUUCGUAUGAACACUUUGAUUGGGCACAGGGGGGAAAUAGCAACUGCACAAUUCAAUUGGGAUUGUUCUCUUGUCGUGUCUGCAUCUAUGGAUAAAACAUGCAAGCUAUGGGAUAUUAGAACUGGUCAAUGUGUUGGUACUCUGCGUGGACAUGAUGAUGAAGUGCUGGAUGUAGGAUUCAAUUACACUGGUCAAAACAUCGUUAGUGCAUCUGCUGAUAGUACUGGUAGAUUAUAUGAUGCUGGUACGCAGAAGUGUAUUGCUAAAUUAGAGGGACAUGAAGGCGAAAUAUCAAAAAUUUGUUUUAAUCCACAAGGAAGUCGGAUAUUAACUGCAAGUUCCGACAAAACUGCAAGAUUAUGGGAUGCUGUUACAGGUGAAUGUCAACAGACAUUGGAAGGGCAUACUGAUGAAAUCUUCAGCUGUGCUUUUAAUUAUGAAGGUGACACCAUAAUAACUGGAAGCAAAGACAAUACUUGUCGUGUCUGGAGGUGAUUAGAAAAGAUUGCCCAAUUGUACAAAUGGCAAAAAGUGUUUCAACUUGAUACUAGAAUAUCCAUGGCAAGCCGCAUUUCUUGACAAGAUAUUAUAAUAUAUUUUUAAGUACACUAUUAUCUGAAAAAUUAGUCUAGAGAAUCACUGUGCAUUAUUGAGCCUAAUUAGUCACCUAUACCUAGUCAUCUUCCAAUUCCCAGAAUAUAUUUGCCAAAAUAAAAAUUACAUCUUGUCCUGUCAAAUGAUGACUAUGUCAUCCACUGCAGGGUGUAUAAUUUUUGUGUACUGUAUAAUAUGGUAAAACCCUAUAAUUUUUACAUUCCAUUUAACUCUUUUCGUUAGCAUUUCACUGUAAAGGUUCAUGGUUGACUCGUAUUUUUAUCAUUGUGAUUUAAAAUGGUGCCUAGAAUAUUAGUCCUUUUUUAUAUAUAAAGCUUGCAACUAUUUAAAGAUUAAAAUACUAUGGAUUGGA